UCAAAACUCAUUCGACUUCCGACGGUUGUUGGCGGUGGAUCGACAUCCGGUGCAUCUGUAUAAACUGCACUCUCUUUCUACCAAAGUACUACGAACUAAGUGAUUUCCUCUCUCUGUCUUGCACUGCGUUGCGAUUGGUUAGAAAAUAGACUGUUUUUGUCAUUGGCUAAAAAUCGAGAAAGUCGUAAAGAAAUUGAGUAUUAUAGUUAUCGGAAAAUUCUAACCUGAAAUAGAAAAUGCAUAUUGUUGGGUGUGUUACUUCGAACUAUAAACGAUAACAGACAUUUUUCCUGCUGUUGUCAAUUGCACGUGUGCCUGUGUUAUGUCAUCAGCAAACAGCGUAGAGUCCCUUGGGACAUUGCAAUGGGACAUGAUUGACUUAGCUGGUCAUUUGCGACAAGAGCGUUUGUUUGUUAAUUCAGAACAACAAAAUUUACAAACACUAAAUGAAAAGGUUUUAUAUAUGUCCUCGGACCUAGCUCAGCAAGCAUGGGUUACGGCACAACAGAGAGUUAAUUUAAAUCGCUUGAUAGUUGCAAGGCCCGAUUGUACGCCGGCUUCUUGUUGCUACAAGGCAAAUACACUUGAAAAUUCCAAUUUUAUAGAUGCAUACAAACAUUUAAAUUAUCAAACAUGCUUAUCUUAUGGCGAAUUUCUUGGUGCUCUAAGGAAAUCACCUAAAUUACUUGCAUCUUGUUUAGUUGUCGGUGAUAGAAUUGUUCCAGAUGCAAUUCAAGGGCUUGUACAAUCUUUGGCUGCUGGAUUAUAUGGCAGCUGUUUGUUACCAGAGGAUAAAAUUUUAGUUCUUAAACUUUUAAGACAGUUAAUGCUUUUACAAAUAAUUCCUUCAGAUAAUCCACGAAGACUUCUUAGACAUGGCACAUGUGCAUUUUCUAGGUUUUAUUCGUUCUUUCAUGAAAGCCUUUUCUCUGCAAAGUUUUUUUUAACUGCUGCAUUACAUACCCCUAUUAUACAGUUGCUUAUGGAAGAUGAAAUAUUUUUGGAUAUCGAUCCAGAUAAAGUACCUAUCAGAUUUCCGCCUACAGAAAGAUUAAAGAAAUUUGGGAAGGAAGGUACUCCCGAAUAUCAGGCUAAAUUACAACGAUAUAGAUUAUGGACAGUCAAUUCUUUAUAUCGUAUUACACAGAGGUUUAUUAUCAGUAUUAGAGAAAAUAUGCAUUGUUUUCCAAUCAGUAUUUAUUGGCUUGUUAGACAAAUGGCUGGACUUCUCAGUAAAAAUGGAAAUGUGGAGCCAAAAGAAGUACAUGCUAUGUGCACAGAUCUUGUAUUUACAUAUUUUAUAUGUCCAGCAAUAGUUAAUCCAGAACCAUAUGGUAUUACAGAUGCACCGAUAAGUUAUGUAGCAAGAUUUAAUUUAAUGCAAGUUGGUCAAAUUUUGCAAAUACUUUCACUUAUGAAAUAUCAAACUAUUGAAAUAAAAAUAAAUUUAACGGAUAUGCUUUCACAACUGCCGUUAGGAUUACUGAAUAGUAAUAGUAAAGUUUCUAAUAAUAUCUAUUUGGAAACGCCCAAUAAAAAAAGUGGUUUCUUAGGGAAAGGAAAAGAUCGAGUUGGUACUUCAACGCCCGAAGAUGAAUCUUCAGAUAAAAAUUCACAAGAUGUGUUAGUUAUUCCAUUUGGCCCAACAAUUGGAGAAUCUGUUGGCUUGCUUAGUGAGCAAAAAGUUUUGUGCAUGGAACUCCAAAAUAAUGCAGAAAAUAGUUCUGUUACAUUAAAUCUUGCUGAUGAUAUGGUAAAUGGUCACGGUAGAAGGGAUUCAAACAGUGCUGAACGUUUAGAAACACAAGAAAAAAGAACAAGGUUUUCUUUAGCUCAUGAUGAAGUGUUAUUUGAAGGUUCUAUUGGUAAUACAUCAGAUAAUCUAGAAGCUGUUUCAGAAGCUGCUUCCAAUCAUAGUGUUGCAUCCUCAUUAGAAUUAGAAACAGAAGAUCAAAAUGAUAAUUUAUCAGACAUGGUAUCAGCCAAUGUAUCAGGAAGAGGAACACCCAAUAUUUCUGGUCGCGAUACUCCAUCAUCUCAAAUCACAGAAGGUGAUGACGGACGUAUUGCAGGUGAAGUAAGACAGUUGGAUUUGCCACCACCAAAUAUUCCAACUAAACAAAGUCGUUCAGAAAUAGAUGAUAAAUUCUGUAAAUUUGAAAUUAAAAAACUUAUUGAAGGAGAUGAAACAGUUUCUAUGGUUUCUGACACAUGGUCCACUGAUGUAUUGGCAUCGGAUAGUGAAAUAGUAGAACAACAAGAAAGAAUUAUUUAUCCUCCUUCUUCCGAACAAAUUCCGCCAGCUUUACCUUCAGAAAAUGCUCAGGCAAUGUUGGAUAUUAGUGAGACUGCAUCUGAAGCAUGGAGUACGGAUGUACUAGCUAGUGAUUCAGAAAGACUUACCGAAGUGGAUAUGGAUGAUACAGCUAGCGUUGCUAGAUCCGAUGAUACAACUAGAUCUGAAAUAGAAGUUGAAUGCCGUGGUGAAACGGAAGCCGGUGUAGAAUCAUUACCAUCUGCUAUACCGCCUUUAGGAACAGAUGAUCCUUCUGGAAUAGCUUAUCAUCCAAUACCUGCAAUCCAAGAAGAUUCUGCUAUUCAACUCGUCGCGCCAAUUCCUGAUUCAUCUUCGUCUUCUAACGUAACUGGUCGUGGUGGAACUAAAUCUGAUUAUAGAAGAAGCACAAUGGAAUAUGUUGAUAAAAAUGCUAAUACCAUAAACAGCACGGAUUAUGGUAAACCAUUCCACGAAGACAGUCUCGUUCAAUUAAUAGACAAAUUGCAAAUUGAUAAUGAUCCAAAUCUUGUUGAUCAAGCAGUACAUAAUCAUAUUGGUGCUGCUGCUGUUACACCUGCAUUAUUACUGGCUAAUCAUAUUUCUGCUCCUACGCUAUCCAAUGAAAAAUUGCAUAAUGGUGAUGCCAAAGGAGAAGAAUCAGAAAGUUCAUUGACUGGUGUUGAUGAUGUGGUUGUACGAUUAAGUACAACGAGUUUAACAUCUAGCAGUAGUUCUGGAUCAGAAACUCGAGCGAAAAAUAAUGCAUCAUCAUCAUCUGAAUUACCAUUGUCACUGCCGAUAAUUAAUGGUACUUGCGAUGUAACUGAUAGUGUUGCUUCUAAUUUCCAUAAACCAACAGCAUCUACAGGAGCUAUUCCAAAAAGUAUAAGCUUUGAUAAGACAGCUGAACGUGGCGAUAAAGAGCUUUUAGAUGAUGAUCAGAAAAACAAGCGUGGUUUCUUUGGUAAAUUAAAGAUGUCACUUAGAAAUCGUCGGGGAAAAGUUAUUCGAGGAACUGAUGAAUUGAGAUGUUACGAUAGAGAGUCCGGUGGCGAUGGUAUUGAUAUAGGAAAACACAGAUUACGUAGAAUCAUGUCGGAAGAUGUAACGUCAGCUGGAAAUAUCAUUGAUAGUUCGGAUGAUAUUUUGGCAAAAUAUAGAAGAAAGCCUAGUACAGCUAGUGAUACUGCUUCUAUUGAAAGUAAUCAAUCACGUACGAAGGAAGCAGAAGAUGAAAGACUUUCAAUAGAUCCAAAUAAUGUAGAACUCUCUUUUGCUUUCAUUGAUGCAAAACGAAAAUUACGCAUGGUACUCAGUACUGCUGAUCUUCAAUACAUUCCAUGGAGCUUUGCAUCCGAGAGAAGCAGUUGGUCACAAAAGGAAAAUGAAUUGGUUUCUUUCCUUCAACUUCAAUUGGCCGAAGCUAUUAACUUACAGGAUAGAGCAUUGAUAGCUCAUUUACAUGAAACUUUAAGAUGUGUUAGAUUAUUUAAUGACGAUGGCUGCAGGAAAUUAUUCAAAUCUUUGAGAGAAGAUUAUCAAAGACGAUCUUCUUAUAUUGCAUAUUUGAUUAGAUGUCGACAGGGUUUAUUAUCAACGUUAGCCCAUUUGGACAGGUUACAUGUUCGAGUGAAAUGCGAUCGCGAUGCUGUUAAUAAUCAUCUCGUAUCCGUUUUUGUAAGAGUGUUUUUGGAAAAAAGAGAAACAUUGUUUCUACGUUUUUGCGAUGAAUUUAAGAAGCUUACAUUGGCCGAUGAAAAGCAAGAUCUAGUUGAUAACUUCUUGAGUAAAAUUCAUGUUGAAAUGGAUAAUGAUCCAAUCUGGCAAGCUGCAAGCGAGUCUCAAUUGAAGUUAGCCAGAGUCGUUGUAGAACGAACUGUCAUGGCUCGGGUGUAUCAUAAUGCUCUUUAUCCAAAUGGAGAUGGAGAUGUAUAUAGAGAUCAGCUUCUUUAUGAUCAUAUUAAAAAGCUUGCUAAAGUUAUAACGCCUAAUCACAAGGAUUUACGCAUUCCAAAGGUAUAUCAUUACGAAUGUCCUUGGCCAUGGGCCCAAGCUGAAUUAGCUGUUAUUUCUGCAUAUAAAACACCUAGAGAUAAAUUGCAGUGCGUAUUUCGUUGCGCUACAACAAUAAUGAACUUGUUAUCUAUGGCUUCUGAAAGAGGUAUACCUGCUGCUGAUGAUUUAAUUCCUGUAUUCGUUUAUGUUAUCAUAAAGGCUAAUCCACCAUCUUUAUUAUCAACUAUUCAAUACGUAGAUAGUUUUUACGGGAAUCGAUUAGAAGGAGAAGAACAAUAUUGGUGGACUCAAUUUUGUUCGGCGAUUGAGUUUAUUAAAACUAUGGAUUAAUUUUAUUUGCAAGAGAUUAUUAUAAUAUAGCAUAAUAACAAGUGGGUUGCACAGAGAUUAAUUUAAAGCUGUAGCAGCAUUGUAAUAUAAUUAUUACCCGAAUAAUUUUAUAAUUGUCGUGAUUUUACCGUGUAAAGCUAAACACAAUGAUAAGAGUUAUAUUUCCCCUACAUUUUACGCUAAAUAAUUACCAAAUAGCAUUGAUUCUUGCUUUUCGAUUGAAAUGUAAUAGUAGAUUAUAUCCAAUUCCAAGUACUUUUAUAAUUAAUGUAAUAACAUAAAAUUAUACUUCUUUUCACCUCACUUAAGUAUUAAGUAGUGAGAAAAAAAAAUGCGAGAGCUCGUGUGUAAAUAAAAAAAGAAAAGAAAAAAAAAGAAAAAAAAAAGAAAAAAGAAACAAAAAAAAAUGGUUUCAUAAACAUUUCAAUAUCUAUAGAACAAUAAUAUUGUAUUUCGUUGAUUA